UUGUCCUCUGGCCCCGCCCUCCAUUGGGCACGCUCUUUGCCUCAUCCCCCUCUGCUUAUUGGCUGCAGGUCACGCCCCUCUUCGAUCUCCCCAUCCCCAUUGGCUCCUCUUCCAAUCCCCGUGUUUCCUAUUGGCACAGGCCACACCCUCUCACUUGUCACCAGACCCCGCCUUCAGUCUGGGUUCCUCCCCCAGCCAUCUUUCAUUCAUUCUGCAUCUAGAGCUGGGUGUUCGAGACAAUGGGGUGAAUCAGACCCGUCCCUGCCUUCAGGGAGUUCAGGGGAUGAUGGGGGGACACGGACCUAGGCUAUGUCAAUGACAGCCUAGGGCGGUAUAGAGGCCGCCUAGGCACUGGGAACCUCUAAGAAUCCUGGAAGGCUUCCCGGAGGAGGUGAGGCCUAACCCAAGCCCUGAAAAUGGUUAGGUUUACUCCAGGGAGACACUGGGAGGGCAUUCUUCUCAGAAGGACCUGAGACUUGAAAGAAAUAGGCGUAGUCUGGUAAUUGUGAAGAGAAGACGACAGUGUGGGGAGUUGGAGUGGCCAAGCUGGAUGUGACCCCCAAGACAGAAUGGUGUUGGACUCAGGGGCUCAGGUGUAUGAGCAGGCACCCCCCAGCCCACCAGCCAGUCCCUCAUCCUUGGGCCGUAGGCUGAAGCCCUCAGACCGAGAUGGGACACCGCUGUACCCCUGGCCUCAGUCCCUGGCCUUGCCCCUGGCUCUGUCAGUCUCCUCAGCCCUGCAACCCCGGCCUGAGCAGCAGUCCUUCUCAGAGGUGCGCUUGGGCCACCGUGGCCACAUGCGUCGCAGUGAGAGCACCUACACCGUAAAUAGUACUGGCCGGCGGGGGGGCAGCACCCAGAGCCAGGCCCCACCUGGACGAGGACGGAAGCCAGGUGGGGGCACCCUGCGGUCUGCAGCCUCCCUGCCUCACAUUGCUAAGACUCGAAAGGAUGUAGGCCGUGGUGCCAGCAGGAGCCCCUGCAUGUUGGUGGCCCUGCGGCCAACCAACAUGGACCAUGAGCGGGACAAGUUCUUCCAGUCCCAUUACACCUACAACCCACAGUUCGAGUACCAGGAGCCUAUGCCUACAGCUGUGUUGGAGAAGUACUGUGAGGCCUCUGGACAGUUCAUCCAUCAGGCAGUUGGCAUCAUUGAAGCUGUCUUGGAGAAGUUUGGCACCUAUGAACACUUUGAGGCUGCAACCGGGGGCCAGCUACUGACCAAGUGCCAGAUCUGGUCCAUUGUUCGCAAAUACAUGCAGAAGGAGGGCUGCGUUGGGGAGGUUGUGGUGCAGCUGAGUGAAGAUCUGCUGUCCCAGGCAGUGAUGAUGGUGGAGAAUAGCCGACCAACACUGGCCAUCAACCUGACUGGAGCCCGCCAGUAUUGGCUGGAGGGCAUGCUGCGGCACGAGAUAGGCACGCACUACCUGCGGGGUGUGAACAAUGCGCGGCAGCCGUGGCACAACGCCGAGGGCCGGCUGCAGUACGGGCUGCGGCCAGCGAAUCCCACCGAGGAGGGCCUGGCCAGCCUGCACAGCGUGCUGUUCCGCAAGCAGCCCUUCCUGUGGCGCGCAGCACUGCUCUACUACACCAUCCAUCGUGCUGCGCGCAUGUCCUUCCGCCAGCUUUUCCAGGACCUGGCGCGCUACGUGCAGGACGCUGAUGUGCGCUGGGAGUACUGCGUGCGGGCCAAGCGCGGCCAGACUGACACCUCACUGCCAGGCUGCUUCAGCAAGGACCAGGUGUACCUGGACGGCAUCGUGCGCAUUCUGCGGCACCGCCAGACCAUCGAUUUCCCGCUGCUGACCUCUCUGGGCAAGGUGUCCUAUGAGGAUGUAGACCACCUGCGGCCCCAUGGGAUACUGGACAAUACCCGGGUGCCCCACUUCAUGCAGGACCUGGCACGCUAUCGGCAGCAGCUGGAGCAUAUCAUGGCUACCAACCGGCUGGAUGAAGCAGAGCUGGGCCGCCUGCUGCCUGACUGAUGCUGGUUGAGGGCUACAGAGGGCCCCGUAUCAGCUGCCAGAACACGAAGCUGGAUGCUCUGUGCUUCCAUGGCCUGGGUGUUUCUUGGGGAACUGGAAGGGCAGGAGCAUCUCAGGAGGGAGGAGUAGCAACAUUAGUGGGUUUGUGUCCCUUGCUAGCCUCCAGGGGCCUGGGGACCAGCAGCAUGUCAGGCAAACUGAGUCUGCCCUCCUCCUUUUGUCUGUGGAGCGGAGGGGAGGGCCGGGGGCAGCAGGGAAGGUGAGCAUGGAUAGGGAUGGGGAGUGACUUGGGAGUAGAAACUUGUUCUUGCAUGAGAUGACUUUGGGUAUCUGUGUCCUCCAGUCUCCCUUCCCCCACCUGGCCCCUUGGUGCUCCUUCAGCUUUCAUGCUGUCUACCUCUCACUGGGUCCUGGUGGUGGGGAUCUCCCUUCUCCUGGGGUGAUUGCCUGAGCCUAAGGUCCUGGCUUUCACACAGACUCAAGGGGCAGGGGUCCUGGUAGUUAGAGACCCAGCUGGGCUGGGAUAUGCUUUCCAGCAUUUAGCCUCUCCUACUGGUCAUGUAUUCCUUCCCUUUUUAUGUGUUGUGCUUCCUGGGGCUGGGAGGCAGCAGCUUCUGAAGGUUUGGUGGGAGGGAAGAAGAGGACUCCUCUGGAAGGCACCGACUAUUCCUAGCAUACCUCUCGCUCUCCGCCCCCCUCCCUUUAGGUCCUGUGAGUGGAGUCUGAGCGCUCACUUGGCCUUGCCCCCCAUCCCCUCCUCUGCUGUCCUUGUCUUUGCCCACACCCUCACAGCUGGUCUCUGGCAGAGGUUGGCAUAGCCUGGCUACAGCCACAAUCAAGCCUGAGGGGCAGGCCCCUAGUUUCUGUUCCAAGUCCUGAGUCCAUCCUGGACCAGGAGAGAUGCAGAGAUUGUGGUUGCCUCCAGUUUCACUUCAGACUGGGCUGUGUGAGAUUGACCUAGUCCCACUCCCACUCAUGGCAUUAGUUUUCCCAUCUGUAAAACUUGGAAAUGCAACUGGAAAGUCCUUAUUCAUUUAGUCAGUGAAUAUGCAUAGAGCGCCUUCUGUGUGCCAGUCACUGGUCAGAACCCUCUCUGAACUCCCAGUCCUGAGAAAAGCCAGACAAUUAAAACAAUUACAGUGAA